UAUAAACAGUGUUUUGAGUCAUUGAAUUUUCAGUAUAUAUCGAAUCAUCUUGAGUGUUGGCCUGAAAGUGUGUGAGAAAAAAAACUUGUUUGCAAAUUGGUGUGUUAGUUCCAAGCAAUAGCCAUUAUUUCCUAACAUCUAUUGCUUGUAUUUCACAAUGUCAUUCUCUUCGACGCCAAGCAUAAAUGUUAUCACGGAGUUGAUUUCACCGCCUCAGAGCGACAGUCGCAGAAACUCAGACAUUCGGCCGAAAAUGCGAGAUGACCUACCUCCGAAGAAAAAGGGAAUUUAUAUGGAUGAAGCACUUUCGAAAACCAAAUUUGGUUUCUUCAACUACGUUGUAAUUUUUCUUGGUGGAUUAAUAUUGAAUGCAUCAUUUUUGGAGACGUGCAGUAUGUCGUUUGUGAUUCCAGUGUCACAAUGUGAUUUGAAUUUGACUGCUGGUGAGAGAGGCGUGUUGAGUGCUGUUUCUUACAUUGGUAUUAUUUGUUCGAGCCAUUUAAUGGGCUAUUUAGCUGAUACUAAAGGACGACGUAAAGUCAUUCUGCCGACAUUGUUCAUAGCUUUUUUUAUGUCUGUUACUUCGUCGCUCGUUCAAAAUUUCUAUCUUUUUGCCACGUUACGAUUCUUUAAUGGAUUUUUCAUAUCGGCUGCGUCUUCUACAAUAUAUGCGUAUUUGGGAGAAUUCCACAAUAAUCUGUACAGCAGCACCGUGAUAAUGUGGUCCGCUGCAAUAUAUGGUAGUGGGUGUUCGCUUUUACCAACGAUCGCUUGGUUCGUUAUUAAUCAAGACUGGCAACUUGACAUUCCACUCAUCGGCAUUACAUACAAACCAUGGCGAUUAUUCUUAGUUGUGUGCGGUAUUCCUGGUUUUCUUGCUGCAUUGAUCGUACUAUUUUUGCCAGAGAGUCCGAAAUUCGCGCUCGGUCAAGGUGAUAGCAUGGGCGCUUGGAAAAUUUUGGAAAAAAUGAAUCGCUGGAAUAACGGCAAGAAGUCACAACUUGAACCAUUCGAAAUCUACGAAGAGGAGGAAUCAAUUGAAAAUCGUCGCCGUAUUUUGAAAGCAAAAGAGAGCCGAUUUCCAUUGUUGAAGUCUAUUUCGAAUCAAACAGCACCACUUUUUAAACCACCGCAUUUGUGCUCGACUCUUUUGAUUUGCACCAUUCAAUUUGGAAUUUGUGCAACAAGUCUUGGUUUUUAUAUGUUCUUUGCCGAUAUUUUAAACAAAAUGGCAACCAAUUUGGAUAGUUUUGUUGAACAGCGAAUAGCCAUGUGUGAUGUCAUUCACAUGAAACCACUUAAUAUAAGAACAACCGAGAUCAGCGAAGUGUGUAUCACAAAAAUCGAGCUUGAAACAUUGAAAAAUGGACUUACUUUGGAAAUACUGUUUGCAGUAGGAUUUGCUGUUAUUGGUUUAAUCAUUCAUAAAGUUGGAAAGUUUCCAAUCUUGUUUACUAUUUCGAUAGUUUGUGGUUCAUGUGGAAUUGUGUGCAUGCUGACAGAUAUACCAGUGAUACAAAUAUAUUCAUUCAUUAUAUUGUUGUGCGCUGGGUGGGGCAUGAAUGUGGUUAAUUCGGCUACGGUUGAAAUUUAUCCAACCUCUUUAAGAGCGAUGGCUAUUUGUAUAUCGUUAAUGUUUGGCCGACUGGGAAGUGUAGUUGGAGCAAAUACGGUGGCUCUACUUAUAGAUAAUCAUUGUGAAAUGGUAUUUUAUCUGUCGGGAUCAAGCGUGAUAGCUGUCGGGGUGCUGACAUAUUUUAUCCCCCAUAUACAUGAUAAAGUCAAGGGCCCAACAAUUCAAAAUGCACCCCGACUCAGUGUGGCAUCAUUUAGAAACUAAAUAAAAUUAUAGAUAAGAGAACAUUGGACUGGAACUUUGAAUGGAAAAAAUACGAAUGACUUAUUGACUAGUUUUUAAUCCAUUUAAUGUACUUUUAUGAUUGAGUAUAAUAAAUCAUUGAUGAGAAACCA